AUGCUUUAUCUUACUGGUCGACUGAUUAUACUUGAUUUUCGCCACGGCAUACGUUUUGCUCAAGAUGCUAUUUGUCAUGGUCCACCACAAAUGUUUGCUAGCACCAAUAAAUGUGGCCACACUGAUGAGGACUUCGAGGCUCAGAAUACCAAACUUGUAGGUGUCAACCCAAGCACUAUGGGCCAACUUAAAACUGGGCUUUUUCUGAGCUCAGUCCGCAGCGUGUUCUGGAUUAAUCUUAUGGAUCGUCUUUGUAUUCAUUGGCCAACACUAUGCUUCAACCCGUGUGCACUAAGUCAACCGAAAAAUAACUUUCUUGUCUCUGUCGCACUGCGAUUGGAACUCUUGUCAACCGGGGUUGCUCUACUUUCCGUAAUGACCCAUUCUUAA